AUGGCGUCCAGAUUCAUUCAAGACCUCAGCGUAGAUACGGGCUCCAUCGCCAACAUCGUAGAUUAUCCACGGAAUGGUUUGAAGGUCAGUCUGAAUGCCACGGAUUAUGAAGCCGAGAGAGUCCGCAAGGAAGCUCAAGAGCCGAAGAAAGGUGAAUUCAAGGAAGAUAAUGAAGAUGUUCCCCAUGGUGAUGAAAAAGAUAUUGGUGAUGAUGGUGACAUCAAUGGUGAUGGUGAUAAAGUGGAGAAUAGUGAUGAUGCCGAGGAAACUGCAGCAGUCAAGAGCAGUGAUGACCCUAUGGAGGGUGAUAUAAUUAAGAAAAGUGAGGGUCCUGAAGAGGCCUUGUCAAGUGUAACCAAGAGAGGUGAUGAACUGGAAGGUGAUGAACUAGAAGGCGUUCAACUUGAAGGUGAUGAAAUCAAAGGCGUUCAACUUGAAGGUGAAGAAAUCAUCAAAGGCGUUCAACUUGGAGGUGAUGAAAUCAAAGGAGGUGAUGUAAUUGGCGCAAAUGAUGAAGCUGAUGAAGGUGUUGAAGUUGAGGAAGCAGAUACUGGUGAUGAACCCAACGAAGGUGAUGACCCCAUGGGAGAUGAUGAUGAGGUUAGUGACGAAUCGGAAGAUGAUCAAUCAGAGGGAAGUGACGAAAGUGAUUACGAUGACGACACCGAUGACGAUGAAGCUCUGGAAGGUGUUGCAGCCAAUGCAAGUGAACAAGUUGAUGGAAUUGAACUGGCCAACAUUGGUCGAAAAGUCAAGGAGGAAAGCGAUGAAGAAGAAAGUGACACUGAUGAUCAGGAUAGUGAUUUUGAAGAGGAGCAACCCAAGUCCGAUAAGGGAUUCAUCAAGGUAAUUACCCUCAGUCAAUCAUUUGGAGUAAUCAUUCAAGGUUCUGGAGCUACAUUGUCUCCACAAACUAAGAGGAAGGCUAGGUCAGGCAAAUACAUUAUGAUUCAACUGAAGAACGAACCAGAUAUACCUAAACAGAGUAACGUGGUGAUCGAGCUGCAGCCAAACGUCUGCGAACUCUUCGGUAAGGAUGCUUACGAUGCAAUGGAGAAGGGAGACUGGACGAAAAUGAUUCAAGUUGCUAAGAAGUACGGAUAUCCAUACCCUGAGAUGCUGAACAAGAUACGUGCCAGCCAGGGUAAGGCUCCCAUCAAGAUAAAGUCGAGAAAUUAA